CAAGAUGCGCCCGUGCCCCCUGGCACUGGCCGUGCUCCUGGCCGUCCUCCGCCUGCUGCUGGCCUGCAACCACUGGGUGCUGCGCGAGGAGCAGAUCGUGCCCAAGCUGGACUCGCCCUUCCACAUGCGGGAGCCCAAGAAUCUGGCCGCAUUUCUCGAGCAGAUCAGGUACAGCGAGUACGUGGAGCGCUCCUACCUGGACCUGCUGCGCAAGCGGGAGCAGAUUGUCGAGCAUCUGCGCUUCUCCAUGCGCUUCGGCGAGGAUCUGGCCGAGCAGGCCAAGUGCGCCAUGGACUACUACAUGCUGGAGAAGCGCAUGUCCUAUCUGAAGAUCACCCCAGAGCAGCUGAAGAGAAUUAAUCUGCCCGAUCAGCGGCAGCUGCACGUGCAGAAGAGUGCCUCUGCGAUGGGCCUGGAGCCGGUGUGCAGUGACUACCACCGGUUGAGCGUCGGUCCGGCCACCUAUGAUCAUCUGGAGAGCUUCCGGCCCGAGGUGCUGGCCGCCGCCUUCCUGGAGCGCGAGCACGACACCAAUGUGGGCAUGGCCACGGUGGAGCUGACGCGACGCUUCGCGGUGGACGGACUGCAGCACCAUCCGGCCUCCUGGAAGUUCCACACUUUGAGCUCCUACUACUGGCGCAUGCGGGGAAAUGCCCGCGAGGCCCUGCCCUGCGCCCGCCUGGCCGCCCUGCUGGCUCCGCCGAUAUUCAAGGACAUACCGCUUCUGAGUCUGGGCACCAUACUCUUCCGCAUGGGCAGGCUGGCCGAUGCCGACCUGAUACUCUCCGCCGCCGUGGAGCAUGCCCCGCAGGUGGCCGAGAACCAUGUGGUGCUCGCCUCGGCGCUGGCCAUGAAGCACGACUUCAACCGGUCGCUGCAGCACUUCGACGAGGCCGAGCGCCUGGAUCCCAGCACGCUGCCGCGCACCCAGCAGGUGCGAAACUUCAUCGGCUGCCUGGAGAACCUGACCAAGAAGACCUCCAAGAUGUACAGCUAUGUGAAGUACAUGAAGAACGAGGUGAAGGAGUUCAAGAAGCUGAAGCAGCACAUCUCGCAGAACCACGAGCGGCUCAUCCAGCAGCAGCUGCCGCUGGGAGCGCGCCGUCUGCUCGGCCUGGAUGCGCAGACGAACAGCGACGAUCUGCAUCGCAGGGGGCAGUACUGCAGCACGCGGACGCCGAACGGCUCCGAUGAGCCCGUGCUCUUCUGCGACUUCUACUCGGACAUGCAGAUGCGGCUGGAGAGCAAGGACGUGGACAUCGAGGUGCUGGAGCGCGAUCUCAAGGCCAACACGGACGCGGUCAUCCGCCAGGUGUCCACCGAGAUACGCAAGCAGUUCAAUCUGGAGCAGCUGAAGGCGGCCAAGGCCCAGAUGCCCGCCAAGGCCACCAAGCAGGCCACAUAGCAGCGGUGAAAUGGCAACCAGAUGGCACAUUCCUGGUCACAAACUAGCUUUUACUCUUAAUCUGUAUAGUAUUUAGGUCUGUGUGCGAGUGCCGUGUGUGUAUAUAUC